AUUUUUUGUGGGGGUGUUUAAUGUAAGGAAAGGAAAAAAAAGUAAAUUAAAUUCAGUAAAAAAUCACAAAAAUGCCAUCAAAAAAGAAAAAAUACAAUGCCAGAUUUCCACCGGGAAGAAUCAAGAAGAUCAUGCAGACGGAUGAGGAAGUGGGAAAAGUCGCCCAGGCUGUGCCAAUCAUUAUACCUAGGACACUGGAAUUGUUCGUGGAAUCCCUACUCACCAAGACAGUGCGCAUCACAAAUGCCCGUCACGCCAAGACUCUGUCACCAUCGCACAUGAAGCAGUGCAUAAUGUCCGAGAGUCGUUUUGACUUUCUCAAGGAGCUCGUGAAAAAUGUUCCGGACAUUAGUGUUGCGGAGGAGAUUGAUAAUUCCCCACCAGCACCACCGGAGGAUGAUGUUACAAAUGGUGCUAGAAAUGGGCGUCUGGGAAAAGGAGGAGAGUCAUGGCUAAGGAACUACGGGCGUCCUGCUUCGAUGGAUUUGUCACAAACGCGAAAUUAUUCCAACGAUGGAAAAUGCUUGACGCCAAAUGUGAUGUAUCCGGGAGGUACUGAAGGAAAUACAGUAAUUCGUUAUACGCCCUCCCGAACGUGGGGACAGAAAACACAAUUAACUGGGGAUCUCCACGGUCCCUCACGCCCAUCCAAGGUUCCCCGUAUGGAUUCCACACAAGGAUGUCACAGUGCGCCCCCACAGUCCGGGGAUUCGUCAAUUUUCAGCUUUGAUAUACGACAAAAACCCCAGCGAGAGUAUCCCAGCCCAUUGGCUACGUCCACGGUUACCUCUACAACGAAUAAUUUGUGCGAGAGUGUAGCCUCCACAACGCCACCCGUCCUCAAGUUCGAUAUCUCUAGCACACCCGUCGUUAAAAUUGACUAUAGCCAUUUACCCCUUAACGUGGCUCCGGCACAACUUCCUGCGGCCCCAGCAGCAUCGGAACUCGAUGAGGAUUAUGACAACAUCUGAGGUUCGCGCGCGCGUAAGUCUCUCUCACAUCAUUUCUCCGUGGCCCCCAAAGCAAUCUCUCAGUGGGAUUCUAUAGGUCCUCUUUGGUGACUAGGACCAUUCCUCCUUACCCAUGGUACAAAUUGAGACCCUCUUUGGCCACAUUCACCACACAUACACAGAGUAACCUUCCGAAGAACCCGAUUGAUGGUUUUUCGUCUCAAAUUUUUUCGUCACACAGACUAUAAGUUUUUUUUCGCUCCAUCGCGACGAAUUUGCUUUAUUAUUCCAAUAAAACAUUAAUUUUUAAGUAAAGAA